CCACGCGCUGCCCUGCCUGAGUCAACCACCACCCUACCGCAGCGCGAGCUGCCUGUUUUCGCUCUUCUGCCUUCCAUCCGAUCUUCACUCUCUUCGAGUUGUAUAGCUCCUCUUCCGGGAGCGUCUUUCUUUGUUGCAUCCCUUAAACUCACAUCUGUUACUCUCGAUAGCACCGAUCGGCCACUGCUCCGGUACAGGACACCGUCACCAUCAUGGCGGUCAAAGCUGUCGUUCCGUUUCUCGUGGCCAUGAUGCUGCUGACUGGAGUGUGCAACACGCUCUUGACAAAGUAUCAGGACAUGCAAUGCGUCCAGAACUGCGAUGCGCCCUCGAAGGAGUACCGCAAGCACUUCGAACAGCCCGUUCUACAAACACUCCAGAUGUUUAUCGGCGAGUCGGGCUGCUGGCUCGUCAUCGGCGUGUUCUCCGCGUGGCAGCGCUUUGCGUCGCGCCGCGCAGGCUACGAAGCCAUUCCAGAGGACGGAGCUGCUACGCCUGCGUCGGAUGGCAGCGACACACCCGAUGUCGCAAACCCGUUAUUGCCUGCGCAUCCAGAUGAGGAAGGGCGCGUGGCGCUUACCGGAACAAACAUCCUGCUCUUGGCUCUGCCCGCAUGUUGCGACAUUGCAGGAACUACGCUUAUGAAUGUUGGUCUACUGUUCGUCGCUGCGAGUAUCUACCAGAUGACUAGAGGAGCACUGGUGCUCUUCGUUGGCCUGUUCAGCGUGUGGUUCUUGAAGAGACACCUAGGCCUGUACAAGUGGUUCUCUCUCUUCGUGGUAGUCUUCGGUGUGAUGAUAGUUGGUCUUGCCGGCGCUAUCACCAAGGACGACAAAGCGACUCCAUCACACGCAGCGCUUGCGGAGAAUGCGAUGAGCAUCCUCAGAAGAGAAGAGACGGCCAUGACCGCGCCAAGCCAGGCUGUCAUGACUGUCAUAGGUGUACUCUUAAUUGCCGGUGCGCAAAUCUUCACUGCCACCCAGUUUGUCCUGGAAGAACGCAUCAUGGAGAAGUACUCGAUGGAGCCCAUCAAAGUGGUCGGUUGGGAAGGCGUCUUCGGCUUCCUUGUCACGCUAUUCGUUAUGAUUAUUUUGCACUUCGCCAUCGGAACUGGGUACUUCAACGCAAGGGAGGGUCUGUACCAGAUGACGCACUUCCCAGCCAUCGCCGUCAGCUCUAUUCUCAUCAUGAUCAGUAUUGGUGGCUUCAACUUCUUCGGCCUCAGCGUCACGCGCACCGUCUCCGCGACCUCGCGGUCCACUAUCGACACCUGCCGCACUCUUUUCAUCUGGGUUGUCUCUCUCGGGCUUGGCUGGGAGACUUUCAAGUGGCUCCAGGUGCUGGGUUUCGCACUGCUCGUGUACGGCACCUUCGUCUUCAACGACCUGGUCAGGCCGCCGCUGAAGAGCUGCGUCGAGAGGAAGCCUGAACCUCUCCUUGCCGAGGACCCCAUUGAGCACUUGUAGAUAAGCGGGACGCAAUGGGCUUGUAAAUAUUUGAGUUUGACUGCAGCAUGGAGAUUGGUGUUUGGGUAUGAUCGCGGAAGAACCGGGGUCAUAGAGCGAUAUUGUUACAGCACUUUGAAUCGUACUUCAAUCAAACCAAACCUUUUUCGAC